GCAGACAGCCAGGAAGAGACAUGCCAGUCACUUUGCGAUGAUGACAUUCUAGAUAUUGUGUGUGAUUCGAAAGACGCCGAUGAUCCAAGUGACGAUGAUGAUAAUGAGCCAGCUCCUAUGCCAGCUCCUUCAGCAAAGGAAGCCAAGACAAACAUUGAAUCACUUGUAAGGUUCUUUGAGACGAUGGGUGACGAAAAAAAACUUGGAACUCGUUCUCAGAAUGCAAAACUCGUUUGCCCCAAACUGUUCAAUGAGACAACCAGCUAUCACGGAGUACUUUGUGAACCAUUGAUGUAAACGAUGUUUGCCGUACGACACAUUAAUAUAAUUCUGACCAGAAAAAAAAUUAAAGACAACCAUGACUGGCCGACAGAAAAUCGGGGCCAUCAUUACACUUGCUAUUGGAAUCGGGAUUAUCUUAGGAUACUUUGUGCUGCCACAACCUCUCACGUUUAACCUGCUGCCUGCCAAUGACCUUUUAAAUAGCAAGAACUACCGUGGCACUACCACGAACAUAGUAAUACGUGGAUGUUAUGAUAUAGGUGUAGAGUUUACCAAGGACGAAGCAUCCGAGAGCAAACGAUGUGCUGAUAAUUUUGCACAGAUUCGUGAAGAACAGCGUCGAGUGAACUAUGGUAAGAUGGAGUCUGACAGAUGGACGAAACAUUCGUACCUACGAGCGGAAAGUCGGAUCGUGGAUGUCGGGGGGUUCAAGGGGGUCGACGCAGAGAAAUUCAUACAUAUGGCAAACUCUUUCUACAUAGUACUGGAGCCAGUACCAGAAUACUAUAAGAUACUGGAAAAGCAAUUUUCCAAGAAUCCUAAGGUGACUCUUUAUAAGUUUGGAUUAGGAAAGGAGAACAAGACGCUUCAGUUUGAUGUCCUGUCAGGGGACGCCACGUCAUUGUUUUCAUCAAAACGAAUAUCUUCCAAGGGAGGCGAAACUCAGACGCUGAAUAUACGACAAGCCAAAGAAUUCUUUACCAGUUCUUUAAACGUUCAAGAAAAGCCAAUUGAUCUGUUGACGAUAAACUGCGAGGGUUGUGAGUAUGAACUGCUGGAGUUAGUCAUUGCUGAGGAACUGGCUCAGUACUUCAAACACAUCCAGUUCCAGUUCCACGUGGACCUUCCAGGAAUAGUGCAGCAGGAAUGUCGGUACUGUCAGAUCAUGAAUCUGCUCAAUCGAACACACUCGCCCAUGUUCCAGUUCUCCUACACGUGGCAGGCAUGGCAGCUGAAGUAAUCGUCGAGGUUUAAAGUCCUUUUAGUUACUGGAAGAUGGGUUGAUUACGCACUUUUAGUUACUGGAAGAGGGGUUGAUCACGUACUUUUAGUAACUGGAAGGCGGGUUGAUCACGCAUUUGUUUUAAAUCAACGUUCGACAAAUGUUUGAGAAUAUCACUAGCCCCAACAGAAGCUUUGGCUGGUGUCCUAUGUAGUAUAGUAAUAGAGUUAAUAACUUCCACUAGCCCAAACCAACAAUUCACUAGUCGGGACCCUGGUCUAGUAGAUUUGUCGAACACACUUUAAAUACUGUUAGCUGGUUUCAUCAUGUACUCGUUUAAAUACUGGUAGAUUGGGUGAUCACACAUUGUUUCAAAUACUGUUACCUGGUUUGAUCAUGUACUCGUUUAAAUACUGGUAGAUUGGGUGAUCACACAUUAUUUCAAAUACUGUUACCUGGUUUGAUCAUGUACUCGUUUAAAUACUGGUAGAUUGGGUGAUCACACAUUGUUUCAAAUACUGUUAGCUGGUUUCAUCAUGUACUCGUUUAAAUACUGGUAGAUUGGGUGAUCACACAUUGUUUCAAAUACUGUUACCUGGUUUGAUCAUGUACUCGUUUAAAUACUGGUAGAUUGGGUGAUCACACAUUGUUUCAAAUACUGUUACCUGGUUUGAUCAUGUACUCGUUUAAAUACAGGUAGAUUGGGUGAUCACACAUUGUUUCAAAUACUGUUAGCUGGUUUCAUCAUGUACUCGUUUAAAUACUGGUAGAUUGGGUGAUCACACAUUGUUUCAAAUACUGUUACCUGGUUUGAUCAUGUACUCGUUUAAAUACUGGUAGAUUGGGUGAUGGUAGAUGGGUGAUCACACAUUGUUUCACAUACUGUUAGCUGGCUUGAUCAUGUACUCUUUAAAUACUGAAAGAUGGGUGAUCACACAUUGUUUCAAAUACUGUUAGCUGGCUGGAUCAUGUACUCUUUAAAUACUGAAAGAUGGGUGAUCACACACUGUUUCAAAUACUGUUAGCUGGCUUGAUCAUGUACUCGUUUAAAUACUGGAAGAUGGGUGAUCACACAUUGUUUCAAAUACUGUUGCCUGGUUUGAUCAUUACUCGUUUAAAUACUGGAAGAUGGGUGAUCACACAUUGUUUCAAAUACUGUUAGCUGGCUUGAUCAUGUACUCGUUUAAAUACUGGAAGAUGGGUGAUCACACAUUGUUUCAAAUACUGUUAGCUGGCUUGAUCAUGUACUUUACCGGCUUCAGUGGCGUCGUGGCAGGCCAUCGGUCUACAGGCUGGUAGGUACUGGGUUCGGAUCCCAGUCGAGGCAUGGGAUUUUUAAUCCAGAUACCGACUCCAAACCCUGAGUGAGUGCUCCGCAAGGC